AUUAAAUGAAUGAAUUACAAUCAAAUUGAUAAUCAUUCGGUGGAUCAAGCCAAAGAGGAAAAACCAUCAGCAACAUGUUUAGGAUUCACUCGUCAAGAAUUGAUCAAGAUGCAACAAUUAACCAAAUCAUCAAUUAUUUUCUGUAUAUUAUAUUUAAUCCUUGGAGUUUACCUGAUCGGUUUAAUUGUUUAUUCUCAAAUUAAUCCUGAUAAACCUAAAUUGUUAAAAAUUUCAUCGCAAAUAUUACUUGAAGUAAUCAUGCCCGUCGGCGUAAUUAACGGUUUCGGUAAAUUGUUAACCUUUUAUUCAUCAUCAAAGUCUUCACAAUUAGGAAUGAAAUUAUCAUCAUUUUCACAAUUAAUUGCUAUUUCAUUAGACAUUUACUCUUUCAUCAAAGUAGUUAAAGAAGGAAACAGGAUUGGAACCGGAUAUUUUUAUGAUGAUUUACUUUUGGUCUCAUUUAUUUAUUUCUGUAUUUGGUUUGAUUUUAUUUACCUUUUGGCAACAAUUGUAUUAAAUGUACAAUUAACUGUUUAUGGUUUUAUUAAGAAACCUAAAUUGCAUCAUAAUUGUAAUCACAAUUUACCUAAAUUAAUUGUAACAUGAAUCGUGAUUACUAAUCAGAAUAAAGUAAUGUCAGUGAUUUGAUUAAUUGUUGGAUUUUAAAAUCUAAAUGCUCAAAUUAAUCCAAAGAUUAUAUAAGAAUAGGAAUUAGAAUCUUUUUCUGAAGAAAAAAUCC